AUGAGUGUCAGGGUGUUUUAUACUGUCAGGCAGUCACCCCACAGCCUCCUCUCUCCUCCUUUCUACUGUGCUAUCCUAGAAUCCAGGACCCCGGCAACAAUGCCUCUGUUGAAACUUGAAGCUAAAGAAAAACAAAUCGAUGAUGCAUUACGCAGCUUUGCUGAAAAAGUGUUCGCCUCUGAAGUCAAAGAUGAGGGAGGCCGUCAUGAGAUUUCCCCCUUUGAUGUGGAUGAAAUCUGCCCAAUUUCUCAUCAUGAGAUGCAAGCACACAUAUUCCACCUGGAGGCCACGUCCACCUCCAUAGAGGGCAAGAGGAAAAAACGUUUCCAUGGACGGAAGACCGUUAAUUUGGCCAUUCCACAAAGUGAAACAUCUUCCACCAAACUGUCCCACAUCGACGAAUACAUUUCUUCGUCUCCAACCUACCAGACGGUGCCUGAUUUCCAGAGAGUGCAGAUCACUGGCGAUUAUGCCUCGGGGGUUACAGUUGAAGACUUUGAAAUGGUUUGCAAAGGUCUAUAUAGGGCAUUGUGUAUACGGGAGAGGUAUAUGCAGAAGUCAUUUCAGAGGUUCCCUAAAACCCCUUCCAAGUACUUGCGGAACAUUGACGGUGAGGUUUCGGUAGCAAAUGAGAGCUUCUAUCCAGUCUUUACCCCUCCUGUGAAGAAAGGAGAAGACCCCUUCCGAACAGAUGACCUCCCAGAAAAUCUCGGUUAUCACCUCAAAAUGAAGGACGGCAUAGUUUACGUCUAUCCUAAUGAGGCAGCCAUCAGCAAAGAUGAGCCCAAGCCACUUCCUUAUCUAAAUAUGGACACCUUCUUAGAUGAUAUGAAUUUUUUACUUGCUUUAAUUGCCCAAGGACCUGUUAAGACCUAUACCCACCGGCGCCUGAAGUUCCUCUCGUCCAAGUUCCAGGUGCAUGAGAUGCUCAACGAGAUGGAUGAGUUAAAGGAGCUGAAGAACAACCCCCACCGAGAUUUUUAUAACUGCAGGAAGGUGGACACUCACAUCCAUGCAGCUGCUUGCAUGAACCAGAAGCAUCUGCUGCGCUUCAUUAAGAAAUCUUACCAGAUUGAUGCUGACAGAGUGGUCUACAGCACCAAGGAGAAAAAUCUGACCCUAAAGGAACUUUUUGCCAGAUUAAAAAUGCAUCCCUAUGACCUGACUGUUGAUUCCCUGGAUGUUCAUGCUGGACGCCAGACCUUCCAGCGUUUUGAUAAGUUCAAUGACAAAUACAAUCCUGUAGGAGCAAGUGAGCUACGAGACCUCUACCUAAAGACAGACAAUUAUAUUGACGGAGAAUAUUUUGCCACUAUCAUCAAGGAGGUAGGUGCAGACCUGGUGGAGGCCAAGUACCAGCACGCCGAGCCCCGCCUGUCAAUCUACGGCCGCAGUCCCAACGAGUGGAGCAAACUGUCCAGCUGGUUCGUCCGUAACCGCAUCUACUGCCCCAACAUGACGUGGAUGAUCCAGGUCCCCAGGAUCUAUGAUGUGUUUCGAUCUAAGAAUUUCCUUCCACACUUCGGAAAGAUGCUGGAGAAUAUUUUCAUGCCGGUGUUUGAGGCCACCAUCAACCCUCAGGCUCACCCAGACCUCAGUGUCUUCCUCAAGCAUAUUACUGGCUUCGACAGUGUAGAUGAUGAGUCCAAACACAGUGGACACAUGUUCUCCUCCAAGAGCCCCAGGCCCCAGGAGUGGACAAUAGAAAAGAAUCCAUCUUACACCUACUACGCCUACUACAUGUAUGCAAACAUCGCAGUGCUCAACAGCCUGAGAAAGGAACGAGGCAUGAACACAUUCCUGUUCCGACCUCACUGUGGGGAAGCUGGGGCUCUCACCCAUCUCAUGACAGCAUUCAUGACAGCAGAUAAUAUCUCUCAUGGCCUGAAUUUAAAAAAGAGUCCUGUGUUACAGUACUUGUUUUUCUUAGCCCAGAUUCCCAUCGCUAUGUCGCCAUUAAGUAACAACAGCUUAUUUCUAGAAUAUGCCAAAAAUCCUUUUUUAGAUUUCCUCCAGAAGGGACUAAUGAUCUCGCUGUCGACAGAUGACCCAAUGCAAUUCCACUUCACCAAGGAACCCCUCAUGGAAGAAUAUGCCAUUGCUGCACAAGUGUUCAAGCUGAGUACCUGUGACAUGUGUGAAGUGGCGAGGAACAGUGUUCUGCAGUGCGGAAUUUCUCACGAGGAGAAAGCAAGGUUUCUGGGCAACAAUUACCUUGAGGAUGGCCCUAUUGGAAAUGAUAUCCGGAAGACAAAUGUUGCCCAAAUCCGCAUGGCCUAUCGCUAUGAAACCUGGUGUUAUGAACUUAAUUUAAUUUCGGAAGGCCUUAAAUCAGGAGACUAAAUUAAAUAAACCAAAUAAUAUUAUGGGUGAGAUUUUCAUUGGAGAAUAUGAAUAAUAAUAGUUAUCAGUCAUUGAAUCCCUACUAUAAACCAAUGAUAGUACUAGAUAUUAUUCCACUGACGUCAUUUCACUUAAUCAUUUUCACUUUAUGAAGUAGAUAAUAUUAUCUUCAUUUGGGGGAAGAUGAGUAAACUGAGGUUAGUGAAGGUAAUAACCUGCACAAGGACGCAUUUAUUGAGUGGUAACUGGGGACAUAGGUUUGUCUGACUCCAGAGUCUCCAUGACUUUCAGGCAAAACAUUUGCUCACAUUUGCUCUAUUCUUGCCCCACCUUAAAAUCUAUUGAUAACUAAUAAUAACUUGAGGCGGGGCAAAAAUUCGAGCAAAUGACGUGAUUAGGAGAAUGUAAGCUUUUGGUUUAUAGAAUGAAAUUUGCUUGAGGCACUUAGACCGUUGAAACGUCCUUUUGACAGGAUGCAACAGAAGACCGGCCUUCUUAGACAAAAACAGGUGUUGCCCAAUAUAGAAAAUCCAUACUUACGAGCUAUUAUGCUUAGGGAGAAUUUAUCUUACAAAAGGAUUCUUAGCUGUAAGGACAUAGUUGGCAAGAAAGUUAUAGUCAGCUGUCCUUGUACAUUUUAAAUAACUUCACUUACCAAAGUAAGAUACACAUGUAACUUUUUAGAAACCUGCCUGUUUCUCAAGGCCAGCCAGGUGGAAUUCCAAUUAGCUAGACCAUACUUCUACCCGUACAACUGUGUUGCCAUCUAGUGGCUGGGCUGAUAGUUCAUUUAAUUUAUUAAUAAACAAUUACUGAUCAAACAGCUCAAGUAUCAGGGGCUAUUUAGACAGCAAAGGUAUCAAGAAUAAGAUUUCAUUCCUAUUCUCAAGUUGUUCACAUGUGAAAUGAUAAGAUGGGUGGAUACAAAUGUGAAAAGGAACAUUUUGUGAAACAUCUCAGAAAGUAUUGACUUUUCAAAUGGAAAAAAAAAAUAAA